AUUAUUGGCAUCGGUACAGUUCAUAAGGUCAGGUUCUCUGUGUUGCUUCGGACGGAAGCCCGACUAGACUGAAUCGCCACCCGUUAAGAUGUCGCAGCUGGCAUACGCUCUCGUGGCGCGGCUCCAGCCCAUCACCUACGGCGCUGAUCAAACUUCCUUAUGAAACCGGUGACCAGCCAUUGGUCUUUAGUUCGUUCCUCCACAUCCACAGCCUGCGCAGGUCACCUCGUCUUCGCUUUUACCAUCGGGGAAAAUCGUCUCUCUAAGCGUCUCCGCUUCUGAGUCCUGCCACCACACUCCGUGAUGCUCUGGCGUCGCGAGGCCAACGCUAGCGCCUUCACGCUUUGUGCGGCCGCGCUGAGCUUGCUUGUCGAGUGUACAGCGAACUCAAUGGGUAGCGCACAUGCUACACAUCUCGCGAGGUCAGAAACAUACGCACUGCGAAAGCGGGGCAUGCCAGGAUGGCGUCCAAACUCUUUGCCGUUCAGCCAUCAGCCAUUCGGCCAUGUUCAAGGCUCGAAUCCCUCAGCUCUGCGAGAAGAGGCCGGGCAUCUGGCAUCAUUUGAAGCUCCUCCCUCGAAUUUUGUACAGCGUCUCCACAGUACCUCGACCACCGAUCCACAUGGACAUGCAACAGCUAGACAUUUGGUCGAACUUGCACGGACGAGACACAACCCAUUUCGAGCGAUGUUAGACCUUCCAGCAUCUGUGCACUUGCCAAAUGAUGCUCCGCAUCUUCAAGAGCACAAUUUUCUGCCUCCUCAAGGAAGCCAACCUUCGCGUCCUCAAGCGGAAAUACCUCUGCGCCAUCAAGAAGGCAAAUCUUCACAUCCUCAAGAGGGCCUCCCUCCGCGCCCCCAGAAGAGACUGAAAACUACCGUUGGCUCAAGCUCUAUGCCGUUGCGAAAGGGACAGCACGAUGAGAACAAUGUAACUGAUGAAAAUGGCUUAGAAAUAAACUGGCGCGGGCGCGACCCGAAGGAUGCGUGGAACAAAGACAUUCGGACAGCUCUGGAGUGGCACCGAGACACUCAUAUGCCUGACAUGCGGGCCUUCACUGUUUACAGGUCUUGGAAAGAAGGGCGCGCAAAGGAGCCCCUUCCUCACUUUCAAGGGUUAGCGCCGACAGAAAUCGCAUUCGCAUUCCAGCGGAUGGAACGACCAGUCGUGGUCAAAAGCUUGAACCGAAAGGAUACCACUUGAUAUAUGGCGAGCCUGGCGAGCUCGCCGCACUGCCUGGAAGUCACGGCUCCAUGAUUCAGUCGCGGCUGCAGGAUCCGACUUCUGGGGGCUUGGGCCAGUACAGUACCGGAGCUUCUUCU